CAACAGCUGAUUUAAUGGAAUGGUCACACUAUCUCCGGCAAAUGGUGGUAAACAAAAAUCAAAUUGUCAGCAAUAAACAAAGAAAACAUAUUAUUCACUAAUAUAUUAUCCCGCCUGUCAUGGCCACCUCCAUGGACGAGGACCUAGGCCCCAAUCCGGCGCCCAGUGCAGACGAUGAUCCCCUCGCCGAGGAAAGACUAGGUUUCGUACGAGAAGUUGGCGCCCAAGCCGUUUGGAGUCUCUCGUCCUGCAAACCGGGCUUUGGCGUGGAACGGCUGCGGGACAACAUUAUGGACACCUACUGGCAGUCGGAUGGACAGCUGCCUCACCUGGUGAACAUCCAGUUUCACAAGCGAACGAACAUCAGUCAGAUCUACAUCUACACGGACUACAAACUGGACGAGAGCUACACACCUUCGAGGAUAUCCAUACGAUCUGGGACCAACUUCAACGAUCUACAGGAGCUACAAGUGAUGGACCUCACCGAGCCCACCGGCUGGGUUCAGAUACCCAUCAAAGAUGGUAAUGUCAAGUCUAUUCGCACUUUCAUGCUCCAGAUUGCGGUGAUCUCCAAUCACCAGAACGGCCGCGAUACCCACAUGCGCCAAAUUCGAAUCCAUGCCCCAGUCGAGGGAAAACACUAUCCCCUGGAGCUGUUUGGAAAAUUUGGAACCGUUGACUUCCAGAAAUUCGCAACCAUCAGAUAGACAUAAUCGUAGUUCGACUAAAGACUUUAAUUCUUAUAUUUUUGCGGGUAUUAACUGCUAAAAUACAACAUUGAAAAGAUUACUUUAGUAAUUGUAUGCA